UGUAUUUGUAAAUAGCAUGAUUUUGAGUUUUGAUUUGUUUUGUAUGUGUAUGCAUCCAAUGUCUUAUGUCUUUUAAAAUAGUUUUCUAAUAGCAUGGUAUUUUGUUUGAAAAAUAAAGCGAGUUAUUGAAAAAAAUGUCAUCUGAAUAUCAUCUUCUACAUUGGGAACUAAUUUAUAGAUUGAUUGAAAAAUCACUUUCCCGAAAAGAGGACAUUCUUGUAUCUGUUGUUCACACUAUUUUAAUCAAUUCAGGCUUCAAAUGCAUUGGACUUGGUAACAGUUCACAACCUGAUGGAAGAGAAUCUGAAAAUUUGCCUGAGAAAUGGAACGAGGGUCCAGAAUAUAGUAUCAGGUACAUAAAAAAUGGGAAAGUUUAUGUAUUGAAUACUUUACAUGUGGAUGGUGAAAUAAUAGUGAGCCUACUGAGUCGUGAUGACAACAAAGUGAGAAGUGUGGCAUUCAACAUAUCGUCGACUGUGGUCGAGUUGAGAGGGGAUAGUUUGAGCGCGCUAAUUCCGGACAUCCGUAAUGUGGUGACAAAGAUUGAAAGCGAACUGAUGGAGUCUGAGAAGUCGGUACAGAGCCAAACAGAUCCUCCAUGGCAGUCAUCCCGAGCAACCACCUCGUCGCCUCCUCCGUUUAGUCGUGUUCCACAACCCAUGCCAACUCACAGCUUUGGUCCUGAAAGAUUUGCACCUCCAAUCGAUCCAUUCGACUAUGGAAGAUCGGACUUGAACCCAUUUGGCGGUGGCGGAGGAAUGAUAUUCGACCCCCUUGGUGGGGGUGCGGGGCGUCGACCUCGCAUACCGGGUAUGCCCGGAGCUGGAGUUCCAGGUGGUCUGCCAAGAGGCGCAGUUCCACCUGGGGCGCGUUUCGAGCCAUUUGGGCCAUCAAACCCGGAUGGAAGGAGGGGACCCAACGCUCCUCAGCCAGAUCCAGACCACAUGCCUCCACCCGGCUACGACGACAUGUUCAUGUAAAAUGACUGAUCACUCCUUUCCAACAUUGUUUUUGUAAAUUUAUUCUAGAAUAAAUGAUAACUUAUUAUCCGAU